AUGGCUAGUCGAGAUACACUUCGGCAGCCCCUCACUCUUACGGAUGAGGAUCUCAAUCUUACAUUCCAUGCGGCUUACACUGAUACCGUCAAUCCGUUCAAAGUUUCCGUAAAGCAGGCCUUCGUGGAGCAAACCAGACUCAAGGCUUCAUUAACUCGCUUCAUCGAUACAGAGUUUCAGCCUCCCAACGACCAACCUGAGUAUACCGAUGGACCUCCCACUCACGCGGCCAAGACAAUUGCUUCUCACUGGGCAAAUGUAUAUGACUGGCGAGCUGUCGAGGAUGAUAUCAACACUCAACUGACACAGUUUACAACAAUUGUCCAUACACCUCAUACGGCAUACAAAGAGCCCAUUCCGCUUCACUUCGUGCAUCAUCGUUCACCUCGACCCGAUGCUAUACCACUCCUCUUUGUCCAUGGAUGGCCCGGCUCAUUCCUCGAAGUCGCCGAAAUAAUUCAUCUACUCACACAUCCACCUGAUGACUCUGUUCCAGCGUUCCAUGUAGUGGCGCCGUCUAUUCCUGGCUAUGGCUUCUCGCCAUCUCCGCGCGCACCUGGAUUCGGAUAUCGCCAAGCUGGUGCUGCCUUCAACACCCUAAUGCAGCAUCAUCUCGGAUACAAACGUUAUGUGGCACAAGGCGGAGAUGCUGGAGAUUUCAUUAUUAGAUAUGCGGCCGUGGAUUUCCCCGACGCUGUUGUGUCCUUGCACUCCAACUUCUGGGUUGUUCCACCAACCGACGAGGAUCUUAAGAAGCUGAAGGAAGAAAAUUCCACAUCUGAGGAGGUUGAAAUAAUUAGACGACUAGGCGGUUUCUCUAGCAAAAGCUGGGCCUAUGGACAACUUCAUCAAACACGGCCGUUGAGACUAGCCCAUGCAAUGACCGACUCGCCGGUGGGAUUGGCCAUGUGGAUAUACGAUGUAUUAGUUUCAUGUGUCGAAGAGGAAAACGUCGCCAAGAUCUGGACGCCGGAUCGAGUCAUUACAUGGACCAUGAUGCACUGGAUUCCCGGUCCUUAUGCUGCGUUUUCACUUUACAAGCACGGUGCAGCGGAUGGCGCCAUAUCUAUGUCUGGAAUUGAAAAUCUUCCAUACGUAAAGCAACCUGUGGCUAUCAGCCAGUUUCCACACGAUAUCUGGUAUCGUACUCCGUUGGAGUGGGCAAAGAGAAAUGGUAAUGUAAAGUGGAGUGCUGUACACGAAAAAGGAGGGCAUUUUCCUGCAUUGGAGACACCAGAAGUGCUGGCCGGAGAUGUACGGCAAUUCUUUGGUAAUGCGGAGGAGAGUGGAACUGGAGUAUUUAGAUAA